AUGCGCUUCGGGGACUUACCCCCAGAAGUACUUCAAGAAAUACUUCAAGGUAAUGACCCAAAUUGUUCUCCAAUUUUCGCACGCACACUGCGCAGAAUUAGGGAAGUCCUGCCACGAGCAAAUGCUGUUGUGAUGAACUCUUUCCAAGAACUAAACUCAACCAUACUCACCGAUGAUCUCAAGUCCAAGUUCCAAGACAUUCUGUACGUGGGAUUUCUCACCUUAAUAGUCCCAACUCCACCCCUACCACCAUCGUAUACAGACGCCACAGGCUGCCUCCCAUGGUUGGACGAGCAAAAGCCAACAUCGGCAGCAUAUAUAAGCUUUGGAACACUGGCGGCGGUACCACCCCACGAGUUUGCAGCUUUAGCAGAGGCGCUGGAAGCGAGUUGCGUUCCUUUUCUUUGGUCUCUUAGGGAAAACUUCAAAGCAUUUCUGCCGAAUGGGUUCCUCGAGAGGACAAGGAAACAAGGAAAAAUAGUUCCCUGGGCACCCCAGGCUCAUGUCUUGUCACAUAAAGCAGUAGGCGUGUACAUUACACACUGUGGGUACAACUCUGUGUUUGAGAGCAUUGUCGGAGAGGUUCCGAUGAUCUGCCGGCCGAUCUUAGGUGACAAUAAGAUGAACGGACGGAUGGUAGAGAACGUGUGGGAGAUAGGGGUUAGGGUUGAGGGAGGGGUGUUUACAAAGAAGGGAAUGGUCAAGAGCUUGGAGCUCGUUCUGGGACAUGAUCAACAUCGAAGGAGGAUGAAGGAGAAGAUCAGAGAUCUUAAAGAGCUUGUAGUGAAAGCUGCCGGACCUGAUGGGAUUGCUUCCAAAGAUUUCAAGACUUUGCUUGAGCUAAUCUCUCAAUAA